GCUGAUGACAAGUAUUUUGAGCGGCGUAAACGGGCCCUUCCGCUCAACAUAGCUGCACAAUCACGCUUGCAGAGGCACAAUCUGACCCCUGCUUCCGCAUACAAGCGCUGGUUUUCUUCCGCAGCGCCUAACGGGGCCGCAGUAAAGCGUUAGCCAGACUCGCAUCCUUAGCCAAAACGCAUCGCACGCAUCCCAGAUGAGGCUCGGCGCCCUGCUGCUGCUCGCGCACGCGACAGCGCUGCGCGGACGCCGCCGCUGGCGCGACCGGGGCGGCUUCACGACGACGCCCGAGCCCCAGCGCGAGGGCUGGACCUUUAGUACGCGAGACUUAUUUACCGAAGAGGAGCCACCACAAGUAGCGAAGUGGACCUUUAGCACCCGAGACUUGUUAGCACGACGGAAACCGAAGAAGGUCCUGAUGCUCAUGUCUGAUACGGGUGGAGGGCAUCGAGCGUCCGCAAAUGCCUUGAAGCAAGCAUUGGUAGCGAGAUAUAAUGUGCAAGUAGACUUGUUAGAUAUCUGGACGGCGGCGGGCGUGUUUCCGUGGUCCUCAUCGCCGCGAGCCUAUAGCUACAUGGGCAAGCGGCCGAUGAUAUGGCGCGCGUUUUUUUAUGGUACGGCGUUCUACCCCGUGCGGCUCGUUACGAGACUGUUACAUGAUUUUUCUUUGAGAAGAAGGUUCAAGAAGAUCCUGCGGGGUCAAGAACCCGAUCUAGUUGUGAGUGUCCACCCGAUGUGCCAACACGUUCCCCUCAGUGCGAGGACGUGGCUCGAGAAGGUGCUCAAAAGGCCCGUGAAGUUCGCCACAGUUGUCACGGAUUUAGGGAGUGCGCAUCCCAUGUGGUUCGACAAGCGCGUCGACGCGUGUUUUGUUCCCACACAAAGACUGGCUAAAAACGCGAAGUACUACGGCGUGUCGAACGUGAUCAAUUACGGUUUACCUCUACGUCGGGAGUUCAGCCAGAAGCGCCUGUCGAAGGAUCGCGCCCGGAAGAAGCUCGGCCUCGAUCGAAAUAGUUCGACCGUUCUGGUCACCGGAGGCGGGGACGGCUUCGGUAGUCUGGAAAAGAUUGUGGACGCCGUCGCCCAGGAACUCGCCGGGUCGAACGCGCAAUUGGUCGUGAUCUGCGGGCGGAACGAGGAGGUCCGAAAACGGCUUGAGAGUCGAACUUGGCCGGUGCGCAUGGAGGUGCGCGGCUUCGUUUCCGACAUGAAUUUAUACAUGGAGGCGUCGGACGUCUUGCUGACGAAGGCCGGCCCUGGUACUAUUGCGGAAGCGGCUGCUUUAGGCUUACCUGUGUUGCUGACGGGGUUUUUACCGGGGCAGGAACGAGGUAAUGUAUUGUGGGUGCGCGAGAAGAAUAUAGGAGAGCUCGCGAAGAGCCCUCAGAGAGCAGCUACGACUGUAUCGAAGUGGCUGCGGGACCAGGACGCUCUGGUCGAGAUGUCGCGCAACGCCAAGGCCGCGGCGAAGCCGAAGGCGACGGAUCGCAUCGCGGAAGACCUCAUGGGGCUCGUCGAGGGCGUCCAGCGCACAGCGACGGGCGUGCUGCGCGACCUCAAGGAGCGCGCGCCGUCGGCCGACUGGACGCUUUAUGGAGCUUUGAACUCGACGCGCUCGGCGGUCGCGGAGCUGCGGGACACGCUCGCCGUGCGAAGCGUGCCGCUCGAGGCGUGGAUGACUUCCGCCCUGCGGCGAGGCGUCGUGGCCUAGUAGUUAACUUUAGGAUAUGUCGU